GGGAGGAAGGGAGAAAAUCCUAUUCCCUCUUGUGGAUCAUUCUCUGAAAGGGGAAGCAAUAUUAUGAGGAGGUGAUUAAUACCGGAGCUCCGAGUGCACAAGCCCUGUCUGGAUAUCCCCUGGAAGGAAGAAGCCUGGCGUCCACAUCGCCAUUUGGAAGAUUUGGGAGUGAAGAGGAGAAGCAGGAUUCCUGAUCUCAUCUCCCCAGUGCAGGGAGAGACUUGGUUUAUUCCGGCUGCAGAAGCAAAGAGCUUGUUCAAUGUAGUGGGAUUUUCUUCUUCUUUUUUUUUUUUGCAAGAAUACCUGACCUCCUUUUUUUUUGGUGGUGGUGUGUGUGCAGAGAUCCCCAGCAGAAUCUGCCAUGAGAAGCCUGUUCGGAUGGCUGAAGUGGGGGGACAGGACAGGGUGCAGCUGCACGUCCAGGAGGAUAUGGGGGGCAUGGUGGGUUUGGGGGCUUCUGGAAGUGCAAAGUUGGAGCAGGCUCGCCUUCAUCAGCCUUGGACUCAUGGCUGCAUCGGCAACGGGUCAGAACUGUAGUUUCAAUCUACAUGAGCCCAAUGGAACAGUAGAAAGUCCGGGAUUCCCAUAUGGAUAUCCAAAUUAUGCCAACUGCACAUGGAUAAUUAGUACAGAGGCUAAAAAUCGAAUACAAUUGUGGUUCCAUUCAUUUGCCUUAGAAGAAGAUUUCGAUGUUUUGUCUGUAUAUGAUGGAGAGCCAGUAGCUGAGAACCUACGGACAAGGUUGACAGGUUUUCAUCUUCCAGCCCCGAUUGUGAGCAGUGGGAACCUUCUAACUCUAUGGUUGGUGUCAGACUACGCAGUCAGUGCUCAAGGGUUCCGUUCUACCUAUGAAGUAUUGCCAAGUCACACAUGUGGAAAUCCUGGACGACUACUGAAUGGUGUACAACAGGGAACUACAUUCAAUGUUGGGGACAAAGUCCGCUACAGCUGCAAUGCAGGCUAUAUGCUUGAAGGACAUGCCCUACUAACUUGUGUCUCCAGCUCCCAAAACAGCGCCUCUUGGGAUUUUCCUCUUCCAGCCUGUAGAACGGACGAUGCAUGUGGAGGAACUUUAAGAGGCCAGAGUGGAAUCAUCACAAGUCCUCAUUUCCCAUCGGAAUAUAGUAACAAUGCUGACUGUACAUGGACAAUACUAGCAGAGGUUGGAGAUACAAUUGCCUUGAUCUUUACAGAUUUUCAACUAGAAGAUGCAUAUGACUAUCUGGAAGUCACAGGAACAGAAGGCUCCUCUCUUUGGUUUACUGGAACGAAUUUACCACCACCAGUCAUCAGCAGUAAAAACUGGUUGCGAAUUCACUUUACAUCAGAUGGCAAUCACAGGCAGAAAGGCUUCAGCGCACAGUAUCAAGUGAAAAAGCAAAUGGAGAUGAAAUCUAGAGGAGUCAAGCUUCUCCCCAACAAAGACAGCAACCAGAAGACUUCAGUGUUAACUCAGGUGGGUGUUUACCAAGGACACCACUUGUGUCCCGACCCAGGAACACCGGAACAUGGAAAAAGAAUAGGUUCUGACUUCAGGCUAGGCUCCAGUAUUCAGUUUUUAUGUGAUGAUGGCUAUGACCUACAAGGUUCUAAAAGCAUCACCUGCAUGAAAGUAAGCGACAUGUUUGCAGCAUGGAGCGACCACCGACCUAUCUGCAGAGCGAGAAUGUGUGAUGCUCACCUUCGUGGGCCUUCUGGGAUCAUCACCUCACCCAACUAUCCAGUUCAGUAUGAUAGUAAUGCACACUGUGUGUGGAUCAUCACUGCUCUUAAUCCAUCCAAGGUGAUCAAGCUAACGUUUGAAGAGUUUGAACUGGAAAGAGGGUAUGAUACUCUUACAGUAGGAGAUGGUGGAAAUGUUGAGGAUCAGAAGUCUGUACUUUAUGUUCUGACAGGAGCCAGUGUUCCAGAUCUUAUAGUGAGCUCCAAUCACCAGAUGUGGCUUCUCUUCAGGACGGAUUCUUCUGGAAGUAACUUGGGAUUUAAAGCAUCUUAUGAAGAAAUAGACCAGGGGAGCUGCGGUGAUCCAGGCAUUCCAGCAUUCGGAAUGAGAGAGGGCUCCAGAUUCCGACAUGGAGACACUCUGGUAUUUCGGUGCCAGCCAGCCUUUGAGCUGGUUGGACAGUCGACAAUCACAUGCCAAAAGAACAGCCAAUGGUCUGCCAGAAAACCUAGUUGUGUGUUUUCCUGCUUCUUUAAUUUCACUACCCCAUCGGGAAAUGUGCUUUCUCCGAACUAUCCUGAAGAAUACAGCAACCACCUUCACUGUGUGUGGCUCAUCAUAGCCAAACCUGAGAGCCGUAUCCACCUAGCUUUCAAUGACUUUGAUGUAGAGCCUCAAUUUGACUUCUUGGCAGUUAAAGAUGGUGGAUCACCAGAGUCACCUGUCCUGGGCACAUUCUCUGGGAACCAGGUUCCCCCAUCACUAACAAGCAGUGGCCAUGUAUUAAGGCUGGAAUUCCAGACCGACCACUCCACUGAGAAGCGAGGAUUCAAUAUCACAUUUACCACCUUUAGACACAACGAAUGCCCAGACCCUGGCGUGCCAGUGAACGGGAAGAGGUUUGGGGAGAGCCUACAACUUGGCAGCUCUGUAUCCUUUCUAUGUGAUGAUGGCUUUAUUCGUACCCAUGGAUCAGAGACCAUAACUUGCAUCUUGAAGGAAGGAAAUGUUGUAUGGAACAGUGCGGUACUAAGAUGUGAAGCACCCUGUGGUGGUCACUUAACUGCUCCAAGUGGUAUGAUCCUUUCUCCUGGGUGGCCUGGCUUCUACAAGGAUUCCCUAAAUUGUGUAUGGGUUCUGGAAGCACAACCUGGAUAUCCCAUAAAAAUCACAUUUGACAGAUUUAAGACAGAGGUAAACUAUGAUACCCUGGAAGUAAGAGAUGGGAAAUCAUAUUCGUCUCCAUUGAUUGGGGUGUAUGAUGGCACACAGGUCCCACAGUUCCUGAUCAGCACCAGCAAUUUCCUUUAUCUUCUCUUCACCACUGACAAAAGCCACUCUGAUGUCGGCUUUCAAAUACGCUAUGAAACGGUAAAACUGCAGUCAGACCACUGCCUCGAUCCAGGAAUCCCUGUUAAUGGUCAACGACAUGGCAAUGAUUUCUACGUGGGUGCCCUUGUGACUUUCAGCUGUGACCCAGGUUACACACUCAGUGAUGACCAAGCAUUGGAGUGUGAGCCAAAUUUUCAGUGGAGCAGAGCUCUUCCGAGCUGUGAAGCUCUCUGUGGAGGAUACAUCCAUGGCUCAAGUGGAACCAUCUUAUCACCAGGGUUUCCUGACUUUUACCCCAAUAACCUGAAUUGCACAUGGACUAUAGAAACAUCACAUGGGAAAGGUGUGUUUUUUACAUUUCACACUUUUCACCUGGAAAGUGGCCAUGAUUUUCUUCUCAUCACAGAAAAUGGUAGCUUUACUCAGGCACUAAAGCGUCUCACAGGAUCUAGAUUACCAGCUCCUAUCAGUGCAGGGUUGUUUGGGAACUUUACAGCUCAACUCCGCUUCAUUUCAGACUUUUCUAUGUCUUAUGAAGGAUUUAAUGUUACGUUCUCUGAAUAUGAUCUGGAGCCAUGUGAUGAACCUGAGGUCCCAGCUUACAGCAUCAGAAAGGGUCUUCAGUUUGGGGUUGGAGACUCGCUGACAUUUUCCUGUUUUCCUGGAUACCGUUUGGAAGGAGCAUCUCGCAUCACCUGUCUGGGAGGUAGACGGCGUGUGUGGAGUUCGCCUCUCCCAAGGUGUGUUGCUGAAUGCGGAGCAUCUGUCACUGGGACACAGGGUGUUUUGUUGUCUCCAAAUUACCCAGCUAACUACAGCAACCACCAUGAAUGCAUCUACUCCAUCCAUAGCCAGCCAGGCAAAGGUGUUCAACUGAGGGCUCGGACAUUUAACCUUACACCUGGAGACCAGCUAAAGGUAUACGAUGGGCACAAUAAUUCUGCCCGACUUCUUGGAACAUUUAGCCAGUCAGAGAUGUUGGGGCGUAUUCUGAACAGCACAUCCAGUGCACUGUGGCUUGAAUUCAUCACAGAUGCAGAAAAUACCAGUAAAGGAUUUGAGCUGUUUUAUUCCAGUUUUGAGCUGAUUAAGUGCGAAGACCCAGGGACACCUCUGUAUGGCUACAAGGAUAAAGAUGAGGGGCAUUUUGCAGGAAGUUCUGUGACUUUCAACUGUGAUCCUGGUUAUAGCUUACGUGGCAGCCGUGUUUUAGUAUGUUUGACCGGUGAGCGCAGAGUGUGGGACCAGCCUCUUCCCUUGUGCAUAGCGGAAUGCGGUGGUUUAAUCCAUGGAGAGAAAGUUGGCCGAGUGUUGUCACCUGGUUAUCCUGCACCCUACGAUCACAACCUAAAUUGUGUUUGGAUUAUUGAUGCCGAUGCUGGCUGCACUAUUGGAUUACACUUUACAGUUUUCCACACAGAGGAAGUUCAUGAUAUGUUGAAGAUAUGGGACGGCUCAAUAGAGAGUGGAAUUCUCAUGAAGGAGCUCAGUGGUUCCAUUUUACCCCCUGACACACACAGCACAUUCAACUCUGUCACUCUCCAGUUCAACACAGAUUUUUUUACCAGCAAACAAGGGUUCUCUAUUCACUACUCAGUAACCACAGCUACUUCCUGCAAUGACCCAGGAAUACCUCAAAAUGGCAGUCGAAGCGGAGACAGUCGUGAUGCUGGUGACUCCAUUGUAUUCCAAUGUGAUCCAGGCUAUCUUUUAGAAGGGGAACCUAAGAUUAAUUGUGUGCAGAUUGCUGACAGGUUCUACUGGAACCCUAACCCUCCUAUGUGCCUUGCUCCAUGUGGUGGAAACUUAACCGGACCAACAGGAGUUAUCCUUUCUCCUCAAUACCCAGAACCAUAUCCUCCACAAAAAGAGUGUGAUUGGAAACUGACUGUCUCUCCCGACUACGUGAUUGCACUUUCCUUUAACACGUUUAAUCUGGAACCUGGUUACGAUUUUCUGCACAUCUAUGAUGGACCAGACUCACUGAGCGCACUAAUAGGAAGUUUUUUUGGCUCCCAACUUCCUGAUCGGAUAGAAAGCAGCAGCAACAGCCUGUUCAUUGCUUUUCGCAGUGAUGCCUCCGUUAGCAGUGGAGGCUUUGUCAUUGACUACACAGAAAACCCCAGGGAAUCCUGCUUUGACCCAGGUGCAAUAAAAAAUGGGUCCCGUGUUGGGAGUGACCUAAAGCUUGGCUCCACUGUGACAUAUUACUGUGACAGCGGCUAUGAUGUUAAUGGAGCUUCCACACUAACCUGUGUAAUGGGAGGAGAUGGAAAGCCAGCCUGGAACUACCCUCGCCCAUCAUGUAGAGCUCCCUGCGGUGGACAGUACGUCAGCCAAGAUGGAGUCAUCCUUUCCCCGAAUUACCCCAGCAAUUAUACAUCUGGACAGGGCUGCUCCUACUUCAUUGUCGUUCCUAAGGAUUAUGUUGUGUUUGGGCAAUUCACUUUCUUCCAGACAGCACUCAAUGAUGUGGUUGAAGUCCAUGAUGGACCAAAUGAACAGACUCGUCUUCUCAGCUCUUUGUCUGGAUCUCAUACAGGUGAAUCUCUACCUCUUGCAACUUCCAAUCAGAUUUUAAUUAAGUUCAGCGCCAAGGGACAGGCGACAGCCAAAGGAUUUCAUUUUGUGUACCAAGCUGUGCCUCGUACCAGUGCCACUCAAUGUAGUUCAGUACCAGAACCCAAGUAUGGCCGCCGCAUUGGAAAUGAUUUCUCGGUUGGAGCCGUUGUGAGGUUUGAGUGUAUUCCUGGCUAUGCAUUGCAAGACUCCAAAAACAUUGAAUGUCAGGCCGUGAUUGGAGCUCUGGCACAAUGGAACACCUCAGUGCCCUCGUGUGUUGUACCAUGUGGUGGAAAUCUGACAGAACGUAAAGGAACCAUCCUAUCUCCAGGAUUCCCUGAGCCAUAUCUGAACAGUUUGAAUUGUGUGUGGAAGAUCAUUGUGCCAGAGGGAGCAGGAAUUCAGAUCCAGGUGAUUAGCUUUGUUACUGAGCAAAACUGGGACUCAUUGGAAGUUUUUGAUGGAGGAGACAACACAGUCACCAUGUUGGGCAGUUUUUCAGGAACCACCGUACCUGCAUUGCUGAACAGCACAUCAAACCAGCUCUACCUACACUUCUUCUCAGAUAUAAGUGUAUCUGCGGCUGGCUUUCAUCUAGAGUAUAAAACUGUGGGCCUCGCCAGUUGUCCAGAACCAGCUGUUCCCAGUAAUGGAGUAAAGCAUGGGGAAAGAUAUCUUGUGAAUGAUGUAGUCUCCUUUCAGUGUGAACCAGGAUAUACACUGCAGGGUCACUCGCAUAUCUCAUGUAUGCCGGGAACAGUCAGGCGCUGGAAUUAUCCGCCACCUCUUUGUAUCGCUCAGUGUGGAGGAGUUACAGAAGACAUGGAAGGUGUCAUUCUGAGUCCUGGAUUCCCAGGAAACUAUCCCAGUAAUUUGGACUGCACCUGGAAGAUCUCUUUACCAGUGGGAUUUGGAGCUCAUAUUCAGUUUCUAAGCUUUUCAAGUGAAGCCAAUCAUGACUUUGUGGAGAUUCGCAAUGGCCCUCAUGAAACCAGCAAUGUGAUUGGUCGGUUUAGUGGAUCAGAAACACCUGGCAACUUUCUUUCUACGUCCCAUGAAACCUCUAUUUAUUUUCAUAGUGACCAUUCUCAGAACAAACCUGGAUUUAAGCUUGAAUAUCAAGCAUAUGAGCUCCAAGAGUGUCCAGACCCCGAACCUUUCUCCCAUGGUAUAGUCCGAGGAGCCGGUUAUAAUGUGGGACAGUCAGUCUCUUUUGAAUGUUCCCCUGGGUAUGAACUGAUAGGUCACCCUGUGUUGACCUGCCAGCAUGGCACCAAUAGAAACUGGGAUCAUCCAUUUCCCAGGUGUGAGGUACCGUGUGGAGGAAAUGUCACAGCAUUCAAUGGCUCCAUCUAUUCCCCUGGCUUCCCUAAUCAGUACCCAAACUCUCAGGACUGUUCCUGGAUCAUUACUGUUCCAGUAGGAUUUGGAAUACACAUAAACUUCACAAUUUUAGAAACCGAACCUCAGAAUGAUCACAUAACUAUCUGGGAUGGUCCUCAACAGUCAGAUCCUCAGCUAGGAGUUUUCACUAGCAGUUCCUCUAAAAGAUCAACCAUGAGCUCAUCCAACCAGGUCCUUAUCACCUUUCACAGCAAUGCAGCCAGUGGGGGGAUCUUCGCUCUCUACUUCUAUGGCUAUCGACUUAGGAAAUGCAAACCCCCGACUACAGUGCCAAAUGGAGAGGUUCUUUCUGGCAGUGAAGAGUUUCUAAUGGGUGACAUUGUGCGCUACAAAUGCCUCCCAGGAUUUACGUUAAUAGGGCCUGAAAUCUUAAUUUGCCAACUGGGGACACACCUGCAGUUUGAGGAUCUUCCUCCCACUUGUGAAGUACUGUGUCCAACCAAUGAGAUCCUAACUGACUCAACUGGAGUGAUUCUAAGUCAAAGUUAUCCUGGCACAUACCCCCAGUUCCAGACCUGUUCCUGGCUUAUAAAAGUUGAGGCUGGGUAUAACGUGACAUUGACUGUGGAAUACUUUCUGAGUGAAAAACAGUAUGAUGAGUUUGACAUCUUUGAUGGUCCAUCUGGUCAGAGUCAACUGCUUACAUCAUUAAGUGGCAACUAUUCAGCUCCCAUGACUUUUACUAGCACUGGAAACAAGGUUCUUCUCCGUUGGAUGUCUGACCAUGCCUAUAGUCGAAAGGGUUUCAAAAUACGCUACUCAGCUGCAUACUGCAGUCUUCAACGUCCUCCUCUCCACGGCUCUGUCCUGGGUCCCGUCAUCAGUCCACCUGGAGGAGUUAUUCGCUUCACUUGCAAUCCUGGCUAUCGACUCAUUGGAAUUAACUCUGCAAUGUGCUUACGCCGUCCUCAGGGCUAUUAUGACUGGAACUCAGAGGUGCCAUUAUGUCAGGCAAUGUUCUGCGGGGUUCCUGCUGCUCCCAAGAAUGGUGCAGUAUUUGGAAAAGAGUACACUGUGGGGACCAAAUCAGUGUAUGAAUGUAAUGAGGGACACCACCUCCUAAGUCCUGAAGAUAUCACUGCAGAAUGUCUGCCAUCCGGACACUGGAGCAAUGGCAAUAAUCCGCCACAGUGUAUAGCUGUAACAUGUCCAGAAAUCAACAGUUUUAGCACAGAACAUGGACGGUGGCGUCUCAUUCAUAAAACACAAUACCAUUAUGGAGCUGAACUUAUGCUAAUCUGUGAUCCUGGAUAUUACUACAUGGGGCUCCGUAUUAUUCACUGCCAAGCCAAUGGAACAUGGAGUGUGGGGGAAACCUUACCAACUUGCAACAUUAUAUCCUGUGGCGAUUUGCCAAUUCCAGCUAAUGGGAAUAAAAUUGGCAUGUUGACCCAAUUUGGGGCAACUGCCAUCUUUGCCUGUAACAGUGGCUAUACCCUUGUUGGGUCCCGCGUGCGAGAAUGUAUGGCAAAUGGAUUGUGGAGUGGGCAGGAGGUCAAAUGUCUGGCUGGUCAUUGUGGGAACCCAGAACCUAUAGUUAAUGGCUUGAUUAACGGACAGAACUAUAAUUACAGAGACAGCGUGGUAUAUCAAUGUAAUGCAGGCUUCAGAUUAAUUGGAAAGUCUGUAAGAAUAUGUCAGCAAGACCAUCGCUGGUCAGAGAGGUCCCCCAUCUGUGUGCCCAUCACCUGUGGGCAUCCUGGUAAUCCUGGGAAUGGAGUUACUCAGGGCUCUCAGUUUAACUUGAAUGACAUUGUAAAGUUUGCAUGUAACCCGGGCUACGUACUGGAGGGUGUAGCUCAAUCUCAGUGCCAGGCCAAUGGGCAAUGGAAUCAUCCCCUACCAACAUGCAGAAUAUUGAACUGUACAGAUCCUGGACAUGUUGAGAAUGGACUUAGGCGGGUACUACAAAGAGGUCCAGACCGAUUCAGUUUUGGAACAUCUGUGUCCUAUGAAUGUAGCCAUGGUUACUAUUUAAUGGGGACACAUGUUCUUACUUGCCAGGGAGAUGGCACUUGGGAUCGAGCCCUCCCUAUUUGCCUAUUGAUAUCUUGUGGAUCGCCUGGAGUCCCACCCAAUGCGCAGGUUUUAGGAAGACGAAAUACAGUGGGGUCUGCAGUACAGUACAGUUGCCUUGGCAAGCGAACCCUUAUUGGGAAUGCCACCCGUACUUGUCAGCUUGAUGGCCGAUGGAGUGGCUUUCUGCCACACUGUUCAGGUGGAAAUGCUGGGGAGUGUGGAGACCCUGGAGUGCCAUCGCAUGGGAUUCGGCAAGGUGAUGACUUUACUAUUGAUGGUGUUGUACGAUUCAGUUGUGAGGCUGGAUAUAUUCUGCGAGGGUCUGCAGAGAGGAAGUGUCUGAUUAAUGGAUCCUGGAGUGGAUUUCAGCCAGAGUGUGAAGUGAUCUCUUGUGGAAAUCCAGGCACCCCUAGCAAUUCGCGAGCGAUCUUCAAUGACGGCCUGGUAUUUUCUAGUUCUAUAGUUUACGAAUGCCGUGAAGGCUACUUCUUCAGUGGAUCCCUGCGUCGGGACUGCACCGUCAACGGUACAUGGUCCGGAAGCCCUCCAGAGUGUGCAGUAAUCAACUGUGGGGAUCCUGGCACUCCAGCAAAUGGUAUACGAUUGGACAAUGAUUUCCUGUACAAUCGCACAGUGUCCUUCCAGUGUUUGCCUGGAUUCAUGAUGGAGUCAGAUCGAGCGCCAACUCUGUACUGUACAAAAGACCGCACCUGGAAUGGCACAAAACCUCUCUGCAAAGCUAUCACCUGCCCCUCUCCUCCCUCAAUUCCUAAUGGAAAGGCUGUGGGAUCAGAUUUUCUGUGGGGCUCCAGCCUAUCAUACACCUGCUUAGAAGGUUACCAACUUUCCUUACCAGCGGUCCUUACCUGUGAGAGUAACAGGACAUGGGUAGGAGAGGUUCCACAAUGCUUCCCUGUGUUCUGUGGUGACCCUGGAAUUCCUCCUCAUGUACGAAGGGUUGAUAGAGGCUUCAGCUACCGUUCCUCCAUAUCUUUCUCCUGUCCUGCUCCUUUGGUCUUGGUGGGGUCAUCACGAAGGUUUUGCCAGUCAGAUGGAUCUUGGAGCGGAACACAACCCAGUUGCAUUGAUCCUUCACACACCACUUGUUCUGACCCAGGAAUCCCAACAUUUGGAAUACAGAACGGCUCUCUGGGUUUUCAGGUUGGAAGUAUUGUACUUUUCAAAUGUCAGAAGGGCUACCUGUUGCAGGGUUCUACCACACGGACUUGCUUACCAAACUUGACUUGGAGUGGUGUACAACCAGAGUGCAUCCCUCAUAACUGCCGGCAGCCUGAAACUCCCCCUCAUGCUAAUGUUGGAGCACUGGACCUGCCAUCUUUAGGUUAUACAUUGAUCUAUACCUGCCAGUCUGGUUAUUACCUGACUGGAGGCUCUGAACAUAGAACCUGUAGGGUGGAUGGAAGCUGGACUGGGAAAUCACCAGUAUGCUCAGCUGAUGUUAGGCCUAGUGGAAGACCCAUUUCCCCAGCUAAAGAGCCUCCCAUCCCAAAAAUUUCGGUUCCUGCAGAUGUCUUUGCUAAAGACUCUCUGUGGAAAGGAUCUUAUGAAUACCAAGGAAGGAAACAACCUGCAAUGCUCACUGUCACCAGUUUUGAUGCUGUGAGCAGUAAAGUCAAUGCCACUAUGAUUGAUCACAGUGGGGUGGAGCUACAAGUGUCAGGUAUUUUCAAAAAGGAAGAUUUCCACCUGCUUCUCCAAGCAUACCAGGUCCGAGGGCCCAAAGAAAUUGUCAUGGAAAAGUUUAAGAUGGACAGCUGGGCUUUGGAUGGCCAUAUCUCUUCUGAAACUGCCGGAGGAACGUACAUCUACCAAGGAUUUGUGCGUGGAAAAGGAUUUGGCCAGUUUGGAUUCCAGAGAAUAGAUAGAAGAUUACUAGAGACCAAUCCUGACACCAUAGGACACUUUCCAUCCAACAGCAGCUCAGUGGCCGCUGCUAUUCUUGUGCCUUUUAUAGCUCUUAUUAUUGCUGGUUUUGUCCUAUAUCUCUACAAACACAGAAGACCGAAGGUUCCAUUUAAUGGCUUUGCUGGACAUGAGAAUACAAAUGGCCGGGCCACAUUUGAGAACCCAAUGUAUGAACGGAAUGUACAACCCACAGAAAUAGUGGCGAAUGAGACUGAGUUCACUGUAAGCACAGUGUGCACGGCUGUAUAGCACCUGCCCUUCUUCAGUGAACUGAGUUUUCUUGGAGUCUUCAUCCUGUCUUUCCUCGCCCUGCAACAUCAUCAGUGGGCAGCUGUGAUCACCAGUGCCACUUGUAGCCACUCCAUUUUUGAUUACAUCCAAACUGUGCUAGGCUGGUGAAUUCAGGAAAAAACAGGAGAAGACCCCGUGUUCAAAGAUGAAGCAAUGUCAGCAGUGGACUGGCAACCUCCCGUGCACCAAUCCACCAGGGCCUCAUGCAGCCUUGACAACAAGGUGUCACCACGCAAGUGGCAGGUCUGCCACCUCAAGAGGUCCUUAUCCUCCAGGGACACCGUGCAAGUGCUUUUAUAAUGAACUUGUAUACAUGCAACGUUGGUCAGAAGUGGAUAUAAACAAUCCUAUAUAUAAAUAUACAUAUUUUUAUUCAGCAAAGAACAAGUUCCAAAAAGUGCUUUUCCUCCAUUCUUCUCCGCCUGAUCCCUGCAGCACAUAACAGACUGUGUGGCGUUGGCGGGAAGGGGGAGCGCAGCCUUACAACCCAAGCCCCAGGUUGGCGUGGGAGUCUUCAACCAGCCAACACUUGAAGGAGAGCUGUCCAGAAAUUUUGCUCUGAAGCUAACCCCAUCUCAUUGGUCUGUGAGCACAUACAAAACAUGUACUGACACUCCUUUCUCCAGCUAUAGAUGAAUACAUUUUACCAAUAUAAUAUUCUGUGUUGCAUCAUUCAGGAAAAGUUUGGCCGCAUUACCUCGAAAAGUCAGAGUUGAAUCAGAGGUGUGAGAUUGUCAUAAGCAAUGCAUUGCAGGUUCUGUUUAUUUUACAUUUUAUAUAUGUAUGUUAGGAGACAUUUUAGGGUGCAAACUGCUAGGAUAAUUAUAGAAACCCUCAAUAAUAGCAGAAAGUUAUCACAAUAUAAAAACUCUAUGGCACAAGUCCCAGACUUGGGGAUGGUGGUAGGGGGGGGCAUAAAUGUUUUUGCUCAGCUCAAUAGGUUGAGUGGUUUGGCAUCUUGAAUGUUCUUUUAGCAGCCACUGAAAACCUAGGCUUAUCAAGUAGGGCAUUGUGACAGCCUGUGGUUCUUUACCUCUUCCUAUGACAAUGAAUGAAAUCACUCAUUCCUAUGAAUGUUUUAACAGGCAGUAAGAUCACAAUGUAUUAUUCUUAGAUUUAUUUUUAUAUUCUACCAAAAAUUACCCAGAUCUCACUAUAUAGAUGCAAAUCAAACAAAGCUGGUGUAGCAACUUCCUUACAAUAAAUACAUCUAUUGAUACAUUUUAUAUAAAUUGAUUUUAACGGAAUAAAUAAAUAAAUAGAAUAUAUAAAGAUACAGGUAUAUAAAGUUUAAGAUAUACAUUUCCACUUUGUUUUAGCUGAUUGGUGUUACUAUAUUAUUAUUCAUGAUGAAAGCAUCAACUACCUCUUCUGUUACUAUGUACUGGAUUGUUCAUAGAUUUUCAAUUUGCUGAAUAUUUAUACUCCAUGGCAUCUAUUUUGGUUCAUUUUGAAAUGCAUUGUUUCCUGUGCAACAGUAUGGGGUCUGGUAACUAAACGUUUUUGAAAAAAGCACUGCAUGUUGCCAACGUACCCAUUCAGAUCCUACUUUUCAUUUUCUAAUCUGUCCUAAAAAUAUAACAGGAAGAAGCUGAUUGGUUAGUAAAUGCAAUGCUGUUCUUCCACUGCCAUUUAUAAGAUCCUUGGUUUGGCAAAACUGAAUUCUGCCUAACAAACUGUAGGCAUCGAUACAAAAGCUGAUGUGGCCACUCAACAUCACUGUGUAUGGAUUGGAUCUUUACUUCAAAAGCUGGUUACAUUUAAAAGAUUCUGUUAUACGGUUUCCACAUUAUAAAGGGCAUUAAGUCAUCAUGCAACAAAAUUUCCAUUCUGGGUAUUUUUACCUAACAAGUGUAAGCUACUGUCAUACUGGUAUGAUUAUGGGCAAAUUUAGCUUCUGGUUAUGAGUUUGACAGUUGCCUUAUGAAUGAAAGUGUCUGAAAAAAAAGGAUUUCUGUAUUGCCCUUAGCAACCAGGACUGUUUAAUACUCAAAGUGUGCAAAAGGGUUGCUAUUGACAACAUAUACAAUUCUUUCUUUAUAAAUCCUUCAUAAAAAAAAGGCCUAAUGUUAAUUUCUCUCACAAAAAGAGAACAACAUGUCUUCUUUUAGGAAUAUAUGAUGUCCUGAACUCAUGUUUAUGUCAAUACAUCUGCAUUAAGAUGUCUUAUUGCAACAAGUAUAGACCUAUGUGAUCCACAGCCCCUGUGUUCCCUGCAAUGCAUUGCUAACUACACUAUACAGUACCACCGUUCCGGUCACAGCCAUUUGUUAACUGUUUGGUUAACUGUACGUACUAUAGUGUCACAGGGUCUUGCUGUACAGGGGAUAUGUAGCAUAUUUUAUUGCACUUGUUAGGAAAAACAACAUACUAACCAAGUUUGAAUGUAGCCCAUAUCUGUGUUUUUAUUUUGUUAUUAUGUUAAUUAUGACAUUUAUCAUUAGAUUUUUAAAAUGUAAACAUUACCAUUUGUCACAUUUCCUUUUUUAGAGGUGGUGUUUCUGCCUGUUUUACAGAAAUAAUAAUAAUCUUGGAAGCCUCAAUAUAGUUAUUUUCUUCACAAAAGAAAAAUCCAGCUUCUGCUCCCUUAGUGUAGUAACAUUUCAUGGUCCUUUCUUGUCCACCCCUCCUCUGCAGUACUACUACAAGUAAAACUCUGUUCCAGUGCCCAACCUUGCAGAUAAAAUGGUUGACUUUGGGGUUAUUAUUAUUAAAGGUUGGGCUAAUUUUUCAUAUAAGCAAGUGCCAACAUUUGGGCCUGACAUGUGUUAUUGCUGCAGUAAGCACUGUCUAGUUUGUGAGUAUAAAAUAGCACAUAAAAAGCAAUCCUGUGCGAGCUAAUGGCAACUGGCAGUCGUGCAAACAUCACUCCAGUCUAUAGCCCCCUUGCCUGUAAAAGGCACGCUAUAACUCCUGUGCUCUUGGGUACUUAGCCUUAUUAAAAUUAAUGCUGCGUACACACGAUCGGUUUG